AGUCAAUCAACGGACAAGGACAGCAGCAAACUGCGAGCUUUGCUUAUGAGCAAAGAGAGAACUGCACACAGACUCUGCUGGUCACCUCAGUAGAAUCAACAAAGAAUGGAAGUUAAAGGACAACAAAAGAGAAUACAACCUAAUUUCUAUCCUUUUUUACAUGUGGUAAGAAUUAUUCUUUUCCUCUGUUUCAGAGUUGGAGAAAAUACCUGGAUGAGAAGAAAUGCAGUUUUCCCAAAACAGAAAUUCUUAAUCUUCGUGAUAGAAGAAAUGUGCUAAAAAAAAAAAAGCACACAAAGAGACAAACCUUGGAAAUAUUAUAAAAAUCAAAAGCAAAUGAAAAAAUUCUUUUCCAGAAAGUAGUGAAAAAUCUCAACUUUCACCAUAUGAUGAAAAAGAAAAUUAUAAAGGAACUUCCUGGAUGCAAAGUGAACUCUACUAAAAUGCAAGAGAAACAGGACCAUCCUGGACCAGAGAGGAACAGAGAACUCCUACAUCCUACGCAGCUCCUGCGCAAAAUACAGCUCCUGAAGACAUCCCGCUGCACACAAAAAUGUCCCAUCCUUUACAGUCCUUGAACGGAUCUGGAGCUGGCAGCGCAUCUUUGUCGCCUCUCUCAGUGACAGGAGCACCCAAGCAGGACUACCCAAGCGAGGAACAAGGAAACAAAGUGCACUGGGCAGCACUGCUGAUCCUCCUGGUGAUAAUCCCCACCAUUGGGGGGAACAUACUCGUCAUUCUGGCGGUGUCCUUGGAGAAAAAGUUGCAAUAUGCCACCAACUACUUUCUGACGUCCUUGGCAGUGGCAGAUUUGCUCGUGGGUCUGUUUGUGAUGCCAAUUGCCCUUCUCAUAAUAUUAUUUGACAAUACCUGGCCUUUACCAACUGCCUUGUGUCCCAUCUGGCUGUUCCUUGAUGUCCUCUUUUCCACAGCUUCCAUCAUGCACCUCUGUGCCAUCUCCCUGGACCGCUACAUUGCAAUAAAAAAGCCAAUCCAGGCCAGCCAGUACAAUUCAUGGGCUACAACAAUCAUCAAAAUCAUCGUGGUUUGGCUCAUUUCAAUAGGCAUUGCAAUUCCGAUCCCUAUCAGAGGCAUUGAGGAUGAAAACGGCAACUCUACAAACAUCACGUGUGUCCUGAUGCCUGAUCGUUUUCAUGACUUCAUUCUGUAUGGUUCAGUGGCUGCCUUCUUCAUUCCCCUCGCUAUCAUGAUCGUCACUUACUUCCUGACGAUCCAAGUGCUGCGCAAAAAGGCCUAUUUGAUCAACAAGCCGCCCCAGCGCUUCACCUGGUCAACGGUGUCCACGGUCUUUCAGCGUGACACGACACCUGCCUCCUCCCCAGAAAAGGUGGCCAUGCUAAAUGGCUCCAGGAAGGACCAGACUUUGUCCAGUGACGUGCCUAUCUGCAGGACAUCCACGAUUGGGAGGAAGUCCAUGCAAACGAUAACCAAUGAACAAAGGGCGUCAAAAGUUCUGGGGAUUGUAUUUUUUCUUUUCUUGCUGAUGUGGUGCCCGUUCUUCAUAACAAACAUCAGCUCGGUUCUGUGCAACUCCUGCAACAAGGAAGUUUUUCAAAGGCUUUUGGAGAUAUUUGUUUGGAUAGGGUAUGUGUCCUCAGGAGUGAACCCUCUUGUAUAUACACUCUUCAACAAAACGUUUAGGGAGGCUUUCAGCAGGUACAUCACUUGCAACUAUCGGACCACAAAGCCUAUCAAGGCCCUGCGGCAGCGCUCCAGCAGGAUCUCUUUCAGAAGCUCUGUGGCAGAAAAUUCCAAGCUCUUUGUCAUGAAUGGGAUGAGAAAUGGGAUUAACCCCAUUAUGUACCAGAGCCCAAUGAGGCUGAAGAGCUCACCCAUCCAGGCAUCAUCAGCCAUUCUGCUGGAUACGUUGCUGCUCACCGAGAAUGAGGUUGAUAAAACAGAAGAACAAGUCAGCUAUGUAUAGUGGAGUGGCAGCCAUGUCCAUACAGCAUUACUGUAUGUAUUAUUCUAGAUAACUGCGCUGUAAGAGGGUAUAAAUACUAUUGUUUUCUGUUAUUUAUGUGAGCAAUAUCUUAUAAAUUUAUAUUAAUUCCUCUCCUCCAAAGUCUCCUCUACUUUAACCCCAACCCAAUGGUGGCAACUAGAACUUCAUUCCAUGACAAAUGACUCAUGCAGAACUAUAGCCUAAGGAAGAAGGAAAUAAAUAAAAGCUAAAUCAGUUUAAGUAUCU